UGAGAGCUUGUGCAUCUCCAUAUACCUAUUAUCAUAAUCUUCUUCGUUAUCAUUACUUUCUUUGCUUUUGUGUUUUUUUACUACAUUUCUUCCAUGGCAGCCAAUCAAGCUAACGACCAACCAUCCUUCAACGUAGCCAAAUCACUUGAUGUUGAGCAACAAACUCAAAAUGAUGAAUUAGACUACACCAAAAGGGGACAAUGGCUUAGAGCAGCCAUCUUGGGUGCCAAUGAUGGGUUACUUUCCACGGCAUCCCUAAUGAUUGGAGUUGGAGCUGUCCGAAAAGAUGUUAAGACUAUGAUCCUUUCUGGGGUUGCAGGGUUGGUUGCCGGAGCCUGUAGUAUGGCUAUCGGAGAGUUCGUCUCAGUUUACUCACAAUAUGACAUAGAAAUGGCGCAACUGAAGAGAGAAGGUAACACUGAGAACAUGGGAGUUGAGCAGUUACACGCUGAGAAGGAGAAAUUGCCAAACCCUUGGCAUGCAGCUGGAGCAUCAGCAAUUUCAUUUGCUGUGGGGGCUUUGAUACCGCUACUAGGGGCAGCAUUUGUAAAGGAUUAUGCAGUGAGGCUUGGGUUGAUAAUAGCAGUUGUAAGCUUUUCCUUGUUAAUGUUUGGAGGGUUAGGUGCUUUUCUUGGGAAGGCACCAAUUGCCAAGUCCGCGCUAAGGGUGUUGAUUGGGGGUUGGAUGGCCAUGGGAGCUACUUAUGGCUUAACCAAACUUGUUGGUUCUUCUGGACUCUGAUUGAUCAUAUCCUACUUUUUCAACCCUGUUUCUCUUCGUUUCUUUCUUUUCAAGAUCUGUUAGAUCUUGUAGUUCUACAAGCACUAAAUAAACUGAAAUGUAUCAUAUUUUUCUAUAUUUUUCUAAAUCUAUAAUAUAUGUAUCCUAAUAAAGUAAUAUAAAUGAAAACUUUGGCCCAAAAAAAUUCUUCAUGUCA